AUGUCCGACCCUACUUCGUCUCGUUCCACCAUCUCCCCAUCUUCCAUGUCAUGCCUCGUCCUCCUCCCCUCCGCCACCCACGCACCUCUUCAACCUUCCAUUCUAGCACAUCUCUCACGACCUGCACCUCUCAUCAGUCGUCAGUCCGGAAGUACAGUUCCUACCACUCGACAUUUAAGCAACUCUGCUUCGUCCACUCCUCAACCCGACAAAGACCUGGAAAGUCAAGCUAUCGAUCAUGUCAUAUCUGCAGGAAGACGAUUAUCCCUCGCCCCUGGUAUUGGCACCGGCACUCAAACACUUUCCACACAAAUGGUCUCAUCAGUUUCUCAAGGAUCACCAGACAUGUCUCACUCUCCGUACACUUCCUCACCCAUCAUCAGUUCCACUGGUACCUCUCCUGGUGCUUCUCCCUACAUGAGACACGCCCCCUUACUCGGAGCAAAACGGACAACAACGACGAAGGGUAGAUCACGUCGUCCGCAAACCUCGGCCGCGGCUCAAGGACCGACAAUGCUCUUAUCACCUCCGAGCGACGGGAGAAACAGUGUCGCCCUACCUGGCGGAAUGAGGGGCAGAGGUUCCGGGCGUAAUCGACCAGGAUGGGAGGGAGACGAAGUCGUUUCUGUUCUCCGAGCAAGUGGUUUAGAAGUGACCCCCAUCCCUGUCAUCUUGGUCCCACUGUCCGACUCGCCGUCCCUACCAUCUUUGUCCCUCUCGUUGUUGCUUUCGCAGGGAACCACUCCUUCUGCGGUGUGUUUUCAGCAGGAUUUACUGGACCGGGCUCGCCGGACGGAGGAAGAGUGGCUGCCUUUCGCUGUGGAGCAAAUCCGAACAGUCAUCUCGAUGCGUGAUCGUGCUACGACAACUGAAAAACCUAUCGUCAUUGCUUUCUCCGCCAAUCCAGUAUUGACACAAACCACCACUACCGCCUGUGUUGCGGCGGGAGCGGCGGGCGUGUUGAAACCGCCCUACGAUCUGGAAACCUCUCGUCUUGUUUGGCGGAUGGUCAUGACUGCUCGUGAAACCCGAACACGAUCUCACAGUCGGUUAGGAAGAGAAAAGAAUGAUGAUCCUCGAGUCAUUCUACCACCCACAGCACUCACCUUUGGCGGUGAACAUGAAGGUGAGAUGAUCCUCAGUGCCGCUGUUCGAAAAAUGCACAAAGCACAUGAAUGGCAUUCGACUUCUCGUAAAAAUUCCAUCGUCAUACCUCUAUCUACACCGGCAUCAAGGACACAUUCCUUCGCUUCCACUACACCUACUACUGCGGCGUUCAACAUCUUGAGACAGGAUUACGAAGUUCCCAUGCCUGAAGCAAGCGACUAUCAUCCUUUUUUGGAAUGUCUCUGCGCAUGUAGACCCAGUAUCGCGGCAAGACGGCAGAGUGUGGACAUAGGAGGAUUAACAAUCGCUAUGAAAAGAGCGUCGAGGGUUUUUGAAAAUUCGCCAGAUCCACCAUUCAGAAAUAAAUCUGGGAAGCGAAAAGAAGAAUUUACGUUCCCUUUUACACCUUCGAAAAAAGCAAAUAUGUUGCAAAUGGAGGAGAAAUUGGACGGAAAGACGGAUGCGGAGAGGAAGGAGGAGAAGAAAGUUGAAGAGGAGAAAAGUACCAGAUUGGCAGAACUGUUAGGUGCAAUGUGGUAUCAGACCACCAAGGCGAUAGAUAUACAAAUGGCCGAUUAUGCUCACCUCUCUAAACCUAUAUCACCCGCACUCCGAACCAGACUUCUUGACGCAUUAUCAACCUGGAACUUCCAACCCCACCUUCUCUCUCCUUCUGAUGUAUUCCACUCCGCUUGUAUCCUCUUCGAUGCUGUUCUCCACAUAAAAGGCAUCCAUGAACUUCAUCUCGAAUGGGACCAAGUUCGCCGCCUGCUCUUCGCCAUCAGGGCCAUAUAUCACGCUCCUAACCCUUAUCACAAUUACGUACAUGCCAUUGAUGUCCUUCAAGCCACUUAUUCAUUCUUGAUUGCCAUUGGUGUUGCUCCGCCAUACGAGUAUCUCCGGACGAGAAAAGAAGGGAUUGUUUGGCAACCCAAGGAAGAGGUGGGAGAAGGGGGAACGAGUAGGGCGAGAGAGGUGAUGAGACCACAAGAUGUUUUGGCGGUGCUGAUCGCUGCCAUGGGACAUGAUAUAGGACAUCCUGGUUUGUCUAAUGCUUUCAUGAAAAACGCCCGAACUCCGCUUUCCCAAGUAUACGACGAUAAAUCCGUUCUCGAAAAUAUGCACUGCAUGCUCGUCGUUCAACUCCUUCGAAAACAUUCCUUCGGCUUUCUCCUCUAUUCUCCUUCUGAAACCGACCUCUUCUGUCCCGCCCGUAUCGAGUUUGAUCGUCGAGGUUUCCGACGCGUGCUAUACUCCACUAUACUAGCUACGGACAUGUCACUACAUUUCGCCUGGAUAGCACGAUUGAAAGAAUUCACCGAAUCUCUCGAUUCUACACCCCUUUCAUCGAAUUCCUCAACACCCACCAGCUCCCGAGGGAUGGAUUGGCCAAGGGAUGAAGAAGAAGAUAGGGUAAUGUUCUGCCAAGCUUUGAUAAAAUGUGCAGAUAUAAGUAAUCCAACUAGACCUAUAGAUGUGAGUGAACAUUGGAGUAGUGUCUUAUUAGAAGAGUGGGCUAUACAAGCUAGUUUGGAGCAAGAAUUAGAUUUACCAGUUUCGGUCAUUGCUAGUGCGGAUGCUGCUCUACAGGCAAAGGGACAAGUUGGGUUUAUAGAUUUAUUCACUUUACCUUUAUUUGAAGCUGUUGCAGACGUUCUUCCCGAACUUCAAUGUUACGCCAUUUUGUGCGCCGAGAAUCGUGAUCUGUGGCAGAAAAGAUUGCAAAGUUUUUCAUUAGAUUCUCAACAGGCAGCAACGAAAUUGAUUCAACCAGCCGUUGAAGCCGCAAGUCGAGAUGCAAGGUUCAAGACUCUUUUCCCAUUGUCUUUACCUAUUUCUCUUGUGGAAGAAAAGUUAUCAUCACCUUCAUUCCCCAACUCGAUAUCGAUCCACUCCACAUCGUCAUCACUCGAAGAAGAAACCUCAGGAGUAUCACGCGGAUCAAAAGGAGAAAAGUCAAAUCAUAUCUCUUCAUCCAUCCCUAAUUCAGUUUCUGCACUAGCUGAACCUGAUACUCCUCGAUUAACCACUUCCUUCAACUUCCCAUUCAAUAAUCUAAUCGACAGUCAAAACAAUCUUCAAUCUGAUGACCAAAAACCAGACAAUCCGCCGCCAUACGAUCAAACUUUAGUUAAUUCACAACCCAACAUCACUAUGGAAACAAACAAAGUCGAAUCUCCUGCUGCUAAAGCUAUGAGAGCGGUUUAUCAUGCUAAUCUGUUGGAUCAACGACAUAGAUUAGGAAGUUGGUGUAGAGGUGUACCUAUCCCAGGAUUGGAAAAAGGUUGGGUCUUGGAAAGAAGGAUGUCAACUCCUGUUGAUGGUGUAUCUAUGGCUGUUUAG